AUGAGAAAGGAAACCUCCGAGCAACGACUGGAAGCUACCUCCAUACUGGGAGCUGCGUGUGCUUCGUCGAAGCAGCCAUGCGAUCGCACCAACACAAGCGAAUCGCGUCAACUCGCAACGGGAGAACCAGCGACCGCAUCUUGCGAUCGCGAAGACGAUCAUGCAAACGAUAAAGAAGCACGCAGCGAAGGAGAACGAGAAAGAUCACUUACAAACGAUGAAUUUGACGUCGCUGGAGAGGGAGAAGAAGGAGAAGAAAACGAUAACGCUGGGAUUGACAUAACCUGCACCAUAGAAAAAGGAAAGGUAAAACCAGACCCUCUAAGAGCGCGGUUGCAAAUUCUCCGUCAGAUGCUCCGAGUGAUUUGCCUUGGAAGUCUGGUUGCGUACGCGAAAAGGCCAACACAGAGAGUUUCCGAGCCACUAUUCAAGGUCAUCCAGGACCUGGACGCCCAGCCGACUGGCUGGCUGGCCCAGCAUGCGGCGGAGACAAUCCUCCGCAUGCCUCUGGAUGACCUCGGCCAGCAUCAUCCGACUCCGCAGACGCACGCGCGUCUCCCGUAG